AUGAGCUCUGCAAAAAUAGUUAAAAAUGUUCUGGGCCAACUGAAACAAACUGGGAAAAUUGUUGGCUCGUACCCAGCUGCCAUUGAUGGAGCUUGUGGACUAAAAGUUGACGAUAAAAAUUACUCCCGCCCGAGCAUCCUGGAACUCAAGUCUUAUAAUCCAACACUUAGCAAAGCUGAUUUCCUUGGGUUGUUACCACAGACAAGAUUUUCCUCCACUGCUGUGAAAGACUCAGCGUUGAGUUUCGAAGUCGUGAAAAUGCGGGACCCCAGAUAUUUUCAAUUCAAAGACAAAUACCAACUCGUUUUCCCGGACUACAAAGCUAUGCGCGCCUUUUCGCGGUAUGUUGAGUUUAGCCGACUGGAUGGUGCAAGACCAAAUUUCGUGGUCGGAAAGGUGCAACACCCUCAAGUAAGAUAUCAAAAGUACUUCCGGAAUCUGGAAGCUGCCUUUCACUCCAGUGAUAGUUUCUUUCAGCUUCUGAAGAAUAAAAACGAAGAAGGGCGGGUCCCAGACAUAACUUUAGACAGUCUACGACAAGCAGCGAAGCCCAUAGAGAGUAAAUCCUUGCUUGUCUGGAACUUUCCAUCAGAUCAAUUACCAUACCAGAUCAUGGAUAAAUUCUGGUUUUACGACAUUAAGCACUGCUUCAAGAUCUACUGGGACUCUGAUACUGGUAGAACUUUGACCUUUAUGGCUUUCAAUAGUGAGGAAGAUUGCAAGAAAUUCAACCGUAAUUUCCAUGGCGUUUACUUUCAAGAGAAUGAUGAUUGUAAGCUUUUGGUGGAAGCAUUGACUUAG